AUGGACCCCAAUCUCAAACUCUCUAUUAAGUCAAGGGAAUUACUUCCAGAUCUGUCUGUGUAUCAACAUUUGGUAGGUUGUCUUAUCUACUUUACUAAUACAAGGCUCGAUUUGACAUUUGCUGUUAGUGUGGUUAGUCAAUUCAUGCAUGUCCUUCGCUCAGCUCAUAUAGAUGCAGUCUACCAUAUUUUGAGGUAUCUUAAGUCAUGCCCUGGCGUUGGUUUGUUCUAUGCCUCGGGAAAUCAGUCUAGACUCUCAUGUUUUACUAAUGCAGACUAUGUUGGAUGUAAGACAGAUAGACGUUCUACCUCUGGCUGCUGUACUUUCUAUGGUAAUCAUCUCACAUCAUGGAAGAGUAAGAAGCAGGUUGUUGUCUCCAGAUCCUCUGCUGAAGCUGAAUACCGGGCUAUGGCUCAAUGUACUUAUGAGCUCCUUUGGCUUCAAUCAAUUUUGGGAAAGUUGGGUCUUGUAGAGAAGGGGUUCUUCAAGGCUGUUUUGUGA